AUGUCAUCCGUGACAGCUGUAGUUAAACUUCGAGAGUCGUUCUCUUGGAACGUAUUAGAUUGGAAUUUUCCAAAUCCUUACUCACGUCAACAGGCUAUACAGUCUGGCGGUCUCAUACCAGAAAACGCUCUCCCAGUUGGUAUCGAGCGCUGGAAUAACAAGCUGUUUGUCAGCGUACCCAGGUGGAAGGCAGGUAUACCAGCCACCCUAAACUACAUACCCUUGGACGCUCCAUACGAUCCGUCACCGAAUCUAAACCCCUAUCCAAGUCUUGCUGGCAAUGAGUUGGGCAACUGUCAAAGUGGUCUAAACACUGUUUACAGGAUAAAGGUAGACAAAUGUGAUCGUCUUUGGGUUUUAGAUACUGGUACAUACGGGUACGAUCCCAAUGUGACAAAUUUAUGCCCUUACUCUCUGAACAUAUAUGACUUAAAUACAGAUCAACGUAUUAGAAGAUAUGUGUUCCGCCCUGAAGAUAUCGUCCCAACAACUUUUAUCGCCAAUAUCGCUCUUGAUGAAGGUAAAACAUGUGACGAUACAUUCGCGUACUUCUCGGAUGAACUUGGAUACGGACUCAUUGCCUACUCAUGGGAGCAAAAUCGAUCCUGGAGAUUUAGUCAUGGCUACUUCAUGCCCGAUCCUCUCGUUGGGGACUUCAACAUCGCAGGUCUGAAUUUCCAAUGGAGCGCUGAAGGUAUUUUCGGUAUUACAGCAUCGCCAGUGGGACCCGACGGAUAUAGGACCCUUUAUUUUAGUCCUCUAACAAGCCACACUCAAUUUGCUGUUUCGACUCGCAUAUUACGAGAUGAAUCAAAGGUGACUGGUUCUUAUCAGGACUUUAAGAUAGUAGGUGUGCGCGGUAAUAAUGGUCACACCACAUCUAAAGUAAUGGAUGAACUUACGGGCAUUGAAUUCUUUAAUUUAAUCGAUCAAAAUGCAAUUGGAUGUUGGAAACAAGACCUUCCGUACAAGCCACAAAAUAUCGGUGUGGUCGAUAAAGAUGACGUUGGUCUCAUAUUCCCAAGUGAUAUUAAGAUUGACCAAGAGCGCAACUUAUGGGUUAUGUCUGAUCGAAUGCCCGUUUUCCUCGAAUCCACACUAGACUAUAAUGACAUUAACUUUAGAAUUUUUAAUGCUCCCUUAGAUUCGUUAGUUCAACACACUGUUUGUGAACCGCAAACGCAGUUUCUGCCAGCUUUAAAUCAGUACUCACCAAGCGACAAACUGAUUCAACAAAAUCCAUUACCUUAUUACAAUAAUGGCUUGAGCGUAAAAGAAGCUCCUGAAUCAUACACAUUGUUUAGCUCAGGUCCAGCUACUCAAUCAGGUUUAAUAGAAAAAUCGAGCAUUUUCAAAACCCCAAUAUCCACAUCACAAAGCUACAUUAAUAAACCAAAGCAAAGAGCCAUUCCCUAUAUCACGGGAAGAAAUUACAAAUCUUCUUUUAACAAUCAGCAACCUUUGUGGUACGAAAAGGGUACCUAUGCAGUAUUUGAACCCUAA